AUGGACGUUUAUGAUUGGAUCAAGAUGGGCGCCAUCGGGACCCAUUCUCUCAUUUUCUCAGCAGGUGUCUGGUGGUCUUGGAGACACCGCAAUUUGAUGAGCCUCAAUAACGAAACUUGGUCCUUAAGCCAACUCUCCUUUAACAUCAGGUCUAUGGUUGAAACUUUCAAGAAUUGUUUCACUCUCACUUCUAAUGAUGGUUCAGUUGAUAGAUUUAUCAAGUGGAAUAACAACAAUUUCUCUUGUAUCAUUCUUGAUGUUGACGGAAGCUGUCUCGGUUCCCCAGCUCGAUCAGGUUUUGGUGGAAUCAUUAGAAACACUUUUGGUCACUAUUUGGCAGGGUUUUCUGGUUACAUUCAAGGGUCUUCUGAUAUCUUGUAUGCUGAACUUUAUGUUAUCUACAAGGGCCUCUUGUUGGCCAUAAACAUGGGCAUUGACGAACUUGUCUGCUAUUCAGAUUCUUUACACUGUAUUAACCUCAUAAAAGGCCCCCAAGUUAAGUUUCAUAUGCAUGCAGUUUUGAUCCAGGACAUGAAGGAUUUGAUUUACCAAAGUAAUGUUUCCCUCUGUCACACUCUUAGAGAAGAUAAUCAAUGCGCAGACUUCUUCGCAAAGUUAGGAGCCUCCUCAAAUACUGAUUUCAUUAGUCAUGAUUGUCCCCCAGAAGACGUUCAAGAUCUGCUCAAGAACGAUGCUUUAGGAACUUUUAUUCCUAAGAGACUAUUGAGGGUCAUCUUCACACUUUGUUUUAGCUUUGGAUUCUCACGAGCAAUGACUUAUGAUUUGUGGUAUUUGUGA